CAAGCGUCAAAUAGGAAGUCAGAACUGUAGUCCGCCCACCCACCUUGCCCACCUGGGCGACGUGCUUGUAGAGAGGGACCGCAUCAUCGCCAAUUUCGUCGCUACAAAAGUCGGCAAAAAAAGCUUGGGGGUGCAAGGACCAGACCGCGACGUGCCCCAAUCCGAUCGAAGGUCGCUUUUUAUCCAGCCGCUCCGAUUCAGACCGCUUUCAGCACUUCUGGUCGCGUCCAUUCUCCGUGGGAUCAAAUAUCCUUUUGCUGAGACAACAAACACAUUCCUGUGCCCCGCCGACCGGCGAUAUCCGCAUCUCGACAAUUGCCGUUUUCGGUCCCCGUACCCUCAGUCGGACAAACGAAGCUACACUCCGUCAAGGCUCGCAGGGCCUUUGAUCUGUUUUGUUCGCUCCCGCAUAUCUGUCUGUCUUUCACUCGCAACAUAAAAAGACAGACACGAUGGCGGAUGACACUCCGCUCACCUCCCGUGCCCUCUCUCAGGCCGGUAGCCCCAAGGAGGACGCAGAGACCAAGGCGACCAGGGAAGAGCUCAAACAGACUGCAAUUUCCGAAAAACCAGCUGCGGCGGAACAGGAAGGACAAAUGGCCAAGGCACCGAAGCUGAGCGCCGUCGACACCACCAAGCCCACCGACGACGCAUUGAAGGAGCAAGUUUCGUCACCGAAGAAGAAGAGGGCGCACGACCAGUUGGACGAGAACCACGAGCCCAGCUCUUCCGAAUCGGCAGGCAGCCUCUCUCCCAAGGACGGCACUAACAGGACCGACAGACUGGAACCGGAGAAGAAGAGAGCCCGUGAUGAGCUGGUCGAGGCAGAGGCUGAAGAUGAAUCUGGGGCUUCCACAACCGAGUCCAGCAAGAAGACCACUGAACCUACCGAUACCAACGAGCCCAAGGACCCCUCAUUAUCUGCCCGCUUACAAAAGCCCGCUGCCGGCAAGGACGAUGCUGCGCCGACUACUACCUCGGCCUCCGCCUUUGCAAAGUCUGGGUUCGCAAAGCUGAGCGGUACCGCAUCUCCCUUUGGUACUUUGGGGGCUACUGGUGGUGCAUCUCCAUUUGGUUCAUUAGGAUCCUCCAGCAACACCGCAUCGGGGUUCGGCGCCUUGUCUUCUUCAGCCUCGCCCUCGCCAUUCGGCGCUUUGGGCGCAAGUUCCGGUACCAUUCCAGCACCACCAAAGUUGACCUUUGGACCCCCGAGCGAUGGCUCGAGCUCGGCCUCUCCAUUUGCUUCACUCAACGGCGGCGCCUCCAAACCGUUUGGAAGCGCCUUUGGCAGUGGGUUCGGUGGUGGCCUGGGUGCGUCCAAGCUGACGAGCUUUGCAAAGCCUGGUGGAGUGCUCAAGGAUGAUAAGCCAGCUCGGCCCUUUGGUGCCCCAGAAACUGAUAAUGAAGCAUCCGAAAAUGGGGAAAGCGAUACAGAGACUGGCGAAGACGGCGUGGCUCAGGAAGAGUCUGAGUCCGAGGAGAAGGCCAAGGACGAAGACGGAGAAGCAGACCAGACCAAGCCUGUAAGCGUGGAAGACAAAAAGAAGGCGACGAAGCUUCAAAAAGUCGUCGUGGACGAUGGAGAGGCCGGCGAGGCUACCAUCUUCUUGGCUAGGGCCAAAGUUUAUCACCUGGAUAAAGAGUCAGGGGCUUGGAAGGAACGCGGUGCUGGUAUUCUCAAAGUGAACGUCCCAGAGGCAACCAUAGACUUCGAUCAAAGUGGUGCUGCUCUCACGGCUUCUUUCGAUGCCUCAAUGCUCGACGCUGGUGACAGCGAUAGCAAGACGCCCAAGGUCGUACGCCUGAUUAUGCGUCAGGAUCACACCCUUAGAGUGGUCAUCAACACGGCAGUGUUAGCCGGGACGGAGUUUGUGAGGAGAGAAAUGAUGAAAGCUGUUGGCUUUCUGUUCACGGCCCUGGAGGGACCAGAUGCUCGUCCGGUCACAUUACAAGUCAAGAUGUCUGCGGCGAACGCCGAGAUAUUUCAACAAACCAUCGACCUUAUUCAAAAAGAACUCAAGUCUUCGAGCUAGGCCGAGGGUUUCACAGUUCGCAAAUGCAAAUUUUACAGUCACAUAUCUGUCUUUGACAACCGACAGCAGGCCCUGAGCCAGCAAAAGGGCUGGGCCAUUCUAAGUAAUGACACAUGACCGAUGAGCAUCUCUUCAAACUUGAUUAUUGGCUUGCGGGAUGAAGAUGGAAAGCAGGCGUUGGGGUGUAAACUUUCAGGUAUCAGGGAAGUCACUCGGCAGCUAGGUACAUAUGGGCUUUUACGGUGCGGCCUACUUCACUUCAGCGUACACUGCUACCUAUCUUAUAGACGUUGGUGGUGGUUUGGCCUACUUGUCCAGAAUAAUUGUGAAGUUGAGACCGAAAUCCCAUCUGCUCGCUUAUUGUAGGUUAGCGUAGCUAGCAGAAUAUUUAAAUUCUCCAUAUUACUGUCUAAAGGAAUCCAUCCAGCAAUGACUUAUGUUGGUUUCCAGGUUUGAACAAAGUGUUGUAGCCCCUUAUUUGUAUGUCGUCAC